ACAAUGAAACACAAUUUUGCUUUUGAUAACAUGGGCUAUGAGGAGAGCUUUGAAACUGUGCCCUCUCCAUCUUCCCAAGAACACACUGUGGCAGUCAACAUUGUGGGAAUGACUUGCCAAUCUUGUGUGCAGUCAAUAGAAGGCCAAAUUUCCAAGGUGAAGGGCAUUGUGAGUAUUAAAGUCUCCCUUGAACAGAACAAUGCUGUAAUAAAGUAUCUGCAGUCGGAAAUAAGUCCUGAACAGAUUUGCCAGGAAAUUCAGGACAUGGGCUUUGAUGCCAACAUAGCAGGAGAGGGGUUGACAACAGCAACUGUAAAUUUGUCAUGCUUGAGAGAAGCAGUAGUUAAGCUUCGGGUAGAAGGCAUGACGUGCCAAUCCUGUGCCACCAACAUUGAAGGAAAGAUUAGGAAACUGCAUGGUGUGGCGAAAAUCAAGGUGUCACUUGGUAACCAGGAAGCAAUUAUUACUUACUAUCCUUACAUCAUACAGCCUGACGACCUCAAGAGCCAUAUCAGUAACCUGGGGUAUGACUGCACCAUUAAAAGUAAAUCAGCCCCUUUGAAGCUGGGUGUCCUUGAUCUCGGGCGCCUGCAGAAUGCAAACCCCAAGGAGACACCAGCAAGUCUGAAGAGUGAUGGGGUGGAUCCACCGGUUGCCAAGAUGAGUGGCACAGCUACCGUGGCUGUACAGAUAGAAGGCAUGCACUGCAAGUCCUGUGUCAGAAACAUUGAAGAAAAUAUAUCAGAUCUUCCUGGCAUACAAAGUAUUAAAGUGUCUUUGGAGCAUAAACAUGCUGUGGUACAGUACAGCCCAAAUUUAAUUACCCUGUCAGCUUUGCAGCAAGCUAUUGAAUCCCUUCCAUCUGGAAACUUUAAAGUGUAUCUCCUUAAUGGUUCAGAAGUUAAUAAGGGAGCUUCUCCACCACCUGCUUUGCUAUGCGAUCUCUUCAGAGAGCUGCUGCACAACACGACAUGCACAGCUGUUAUUAGGAUUGAUGGCAUGACCUGCAAUUCCUGUGUACAGUCCAUAGAAGGGACCAUAUCACAGAGACAAGGAGUGCAAUGUAUAGCAGUUUCUCUAUCUGACAGAACUGGGACCAUACAUUAUGAGCCUGCUGUCACUACUGGAGAAGAGUUAAGAGCUGCCAUAGAAGACAUGGGGUUUGAUGCUUCUGUGCUGACAGGUAACAAUACUGCUGCCGGAGAACAUAAGCACCAGCCUGAUGCCAGCAGUGCUGCCAUGCAGCCUCGAGCUUUAGAGACUCUUCGCCAAGGCUGUGCCUCGGAUACUCUUCCAGACAGUCCACACCUUGAUGGGCCAAACCAACCCAGUGAAGUGACAGCUGAAAAGUGUUUUUUACAAAUCACAGGCAUGACCUGUGCAUCGUGCGUGUCUACCAUUGAAAGAAAUUUGCAGAAGGAGGACGGAAUUGUUUCAGUGUUGGUAGCACUGAUGGCAGGUAAAGCAGAGAUAAAAUACAAGCCAGAAUUCAUACAGCCUCUUGAAAUAGCACAGCUGAUCCGGAAUUUGGGUUUUGAAGCUACCGUCAUAGAAGAUCAUGCAGAAACAGAAGGAAAUGUGGAGCUUCUUAUUACAGGGAUGACUUGUGCUUCUUGUGUUCACAAUAUUGAAUCUAAACUCAUGAGAACAAAUGGCAUAUUCUAUGCCUCAGUUGCACUUGCUACUUGCAAAGCUCACAUCCAGUUUGAUCCUGAAAUUAUUGGACCUCGAGAUAUUAUAAAAAUAAUUGAGGAAAUUGGCUUUCAUGCUUCCGUGGCUAGAAGAGUUCCAAAUGCACAUAACCUGGAUCAUAAAAAGGAAAUACAGCAGUGGAGGAAAUCUUUCUUGUGCAGCCUACUGUUUGGUAUCCCUGUCUUAAUCCUAAUGAUUUAUAUGCUAAUACCUGAUGGUGGGCACCAUGGGUCUAUGGCGCUGGAACAGAACCUCAUUCCUGGAUUAUCUAUUUUAAAUCUUCUCUUCUUUGUCCUGUGCACUUUUGUUCAGUUUCUUGGUGGAUGGUAUUUUUAUGUACAAGCUUACAAAUCACUGAAGCACAAGACAGCCAAUAUGGAUGUGCUCAUCGUACUGGCCACAACGAUUGCUUAUGUGUAUUCGUGUGUGAUCCUGAUGGUAGCGAUAAUUGAAAAGGCAGAGAAAAGCCCUGUCACUUUCUUUGACACUCCUCCAAUGCUGUUUGUAUUCAUUGCCCUUGGGAGAUGGCUGGAACACAUAGCAAAGAGUAAGACCUCGGAAGCUCUUGCUAAACUUAUAUCUCUUCAAGCCACAGAAGCCACUGUGGUAACUCUUGGACCUGACCACUCUAUCGUCAGGGAGGAGCAGGUAGCUGUUGAACUGGUUCAAAGGGGUGAUAUUGUAAAGGUUGUUCCUGGUGGAAAGUUCCCAGUGGAUGGAAAGGUCAUUGAAGGCAGUUCUAUGGCAGAUGAGUCUCUCAUUACUGGGGAAGCUAUGCCAGUCACUAAAAAGCCUGGGAGCACAGUGAUUGCUGGUUCUAUAAAUGCACAUGGCUCGGUUCUUGUUGAUGCAACUCAUGUUGGUAAUGAUACCACCCUGGCACAAAUCGUGAAAUUGGUGGAAGAAGCUCAAAUGUCAAAGGCACCCAUACAGCAACUGGCAGAUAAGUUUAGUGGAUAUUUUGUUCCAUUUAUCAUCAUCAUUUCAACAGUGACAUUGAUAGUAUGGAUCACAAUUGGUUUUAUAAAUUUUGAUGUUAUUCAAAAAUAUUUUCCCAAUCAGAACAAACACGUGUCAAAAGCUGAACUAAUACUGAGGUUUGCAUUUCAAACCUCAAUCACUGUGCUGAGCAUUGCAUGCCCCUGUUCUUUAGGCUUGGCUACCCCCACAGCUGUGAUGGUGGGCACAGGAGUUGCUGCACAGAAUGGUAUUCUCAUCAAAGGUGGAAAACCGCUGGAAAUGGCACACAAGAUAAAGACUGUGAUGUUUGAUAAAACUGGGACCAUCACCUGUGGAGUUCCUAAAGUCAUGAGGGUGCUUUUGCUGGGAGACAUGGAUGUGCUCUCUCUGAAGAAGGUACUGGCAGUGGUUGGCACUGCAGAAGCCAGCAGCGAGCAUCCUUUAGGAGUGGCAGUCACUAGAUAUUGCAAAGAGGAGCUGGGCACUCAGAGCCUGGGAUACUGCACUGACUUCCAGGCAGUCCCAGGCUGUGGCAUCAGCUGCAAAGUCGGAGGUGUUGAGGCUGUCCUGGGCACGGCCAAGGAGGGUCUCGAGCUGGAUGCUAACAGGAGCAGGGACAGCACUUCUCACACGUACGCAGUGUUGAUUGGAAAUCGUGAGUGGAUGCGACGCAAUGGCCUGCAUAUUGCAAAUGAUGUAAAUGAUGCAAUGACGGACCAUGAAAUGAAAGGACAGACUGCCAUACUAGUGGCUAUAGAUGGCGUAUUGUGUGGAAUGAUUGCAAUAGCAGACACUGUAAAGCAGGAGGCAGCCCUUGCUGUGCACACACUGAAAAACAUGGGAAUAGAUGUGGUGCUGAUAACGGGGGACAACAGAAAAACUGCAAAAGCCAUUGCUACGCAGGUUGGCAUCAAAAAAGUCUUUGCUGAGGUUCUUCCUUCUCACAAGGUCGCAAAGAUCCAGGAGCUCCAAAAUGGGAGGAGGAAGGUUGCGAUGGUUGGUGAUGGAGUCAAUGAUUCCCCUGCACUAGCCAGGGCCGAUAUUGGAAUUGCAAUUGGAACGGGCACCGAUGUUGCCAUUGAAGCAGCAGAUGUUGUUCUUAUCCGAAAUGACUUGCUGGAUGUGGUUGCCAGUAUUCACUUAUCUAAGAGAACAGUUCGAAGAAUACGAAUAAAUCUGAUUCUUGCCUUAAUUUAUAAUCUGCUUGGAAUACCUAUAGCAGCAGGUGUGUUCAUGCCUGUUGGCCUCGUGCUUCAGCCUUGGAUGGGAUCAGCUGCAAUGGCAGCUUCUUCUGUGUCUGUCGUGCUGUCUUCUCUGCAGCUGAAAUGUUAUAAGAAGCCAGCCACAGAAAGUUAUGAAGCACAAGCUCAAGGCCGCAUGAAGCCACUUACCCCUUCCCAAAUCAGUGUUCAUAUUGGAAUGGAUGAUAGGAGGAGGGGUUCAUCCAGACAGGCUCCUUGGGAUCAGAUUAGCCAAGUGUCUCUCUCUCCCUUGACUUCAGAGAAGCUGCCGAGAUGUAACGGUUUUGUUGAGGAAGAAGGGGACAAGUGGUCAUUGCUCAUGAAUGGAGGAGAUGAAGAACAGUACAUCUGAAGUACUGUACUCCCAGUAAACAGGAAACGUUCCUUCUCACCAGUGAUGGGAGGGACGAAGUUAUGUCAUCAAGAGCUUCAAGGUUGUAAGUGAAGUCAUUCCUUUAGCUCACAAAACAACUCCAACUCAGUUUGAUGUUGGGUUGUAUGGAUUGUGGUUUUUUUUUCAGGUCACAAGUUAUUUCUAGUCACGGAAAGAAUCUAUGGUUCUAUAAUGAAGUGGCUACUUUGCACACAGCAAUUAUUUGUAAAAAUAUAAUUUUCAGAGUCU